ACUCCAGUCUGCGACGGGUAAACUCGCGCAUGUGCAUUGGCCUUCGGUCGGCAGAAAGCCAUGGCUUCUUUAUGCGUAGAGCUUUGGGUUAUGUGACGCACUGUAUUUCUGGCUCUCGUACCACACUAUUCUGUAAACUGGGGAAGCGAAGCCCAGAUGUUGGAAGCAAUUAUUCUAGGAUAUCAAGAGCUUGAAGCAAGUAAUUAAUCAAACCUCAGGGCAGAGAACCGAGCGUAAAGCCACUGGGAGCCAGUACUCGAGCGCAGCUCCGCCCCUCUUUUGGCGAAGCUACGAGGUCUGACCCUUCCCGCCACCUGUCGCGCAGCGGGGCAAGCGCGGAAGGCUGGGCGGGCAGCGCGCCGCUAUGGAACCGGACGGGACCUACGAGCCAGGCUUCGUGGGUAUUCGAUUCUGCCAGGAAUGCAACAACAUGCUUUACCCCAAGGAAGACAAGGAGAACCGCAUUCUGCUUUACGCGUGCCGGAAUUGUGAUUACCAGCAGGAGGCUGACAACAGCUGCAUCUACGUCAACAAAAUCACACACGAAGUGGACGAACUAACCCAGAUCAUCGCUGACGUGUCCCAGGACCCCACGUUGCCGCGGACUGAAGACCACCCAUGCCAAAAGUGCGGCCACAAGGAGGCGGUGUUCUUCCAGUCACACAGUGCCCGGGCCGAGGACGCCAUGCGCUUGUACUACGUGUGCACGGCCCCACACUGCGGCCACCGCUGGACCGAGUGAACCACCCUCCCCUCGUGUAAUAAAUGCUGUGUUCUGUGCGUGCA